CAGGCGAGCGAGCACGGCAGCGGCCGUCUCAAUAGGACUGAGUCCGAGCUCGUGUGCGUCGGUGCGUGUGCGCAGCACUCUGCUGAUCCCUAGAUUCGCCGGCGAGCAUGGCGGACGAUCCCACCGCCACCUCCUCCGCCGGGGACCGCGGCGGAGACCUGCACGACUACCCCACCAUCGAUCCCACCUCGUUCGACGUGCUCAUCUGCGGCACCGGCCUCCCGGAGUCCGUGCUUGCCGCCGCCUGCGCUGCCGCCGGGAAGACCGUCCUCCACGUAGACCCCAACCCGUUCUACGGCUCCCUCUACUCCUCCCUCCCGCUCCCCUCCCUCCCCUCAUUCCUCUCCCCCUCCCCGCCCUCGACCGCGGCCGCCGCCUCCUCCGGUUCGCACACCGUCGUCGAUCUCCACCGCCGCAGCAUCUACUCCGAGGUCGAGACCUCGGGGGCGGCACCGGAGCGGUCGAGGCGCUUUACGGUCGACCUGGUCGGCCCCAGGGUGCUAUACUGCGCCGACGAGGCCGUGGACCUUCUCCUGAGAUCGGGGGGCAGCCACCAUGUGGAAUUCAAGAGCGUGGAGGGGGGAAGCCUCCUCUACUGGGAGGGCUGUCUCUACCCGGUGCCGGACUCGCGGCAGGCCAUCUUCAAGGACGCCACCCUCAAGCUUAAGGAGAAGAACGUCCUGUUCAGGUUCUUCAAGCUUGUGCAGGCGCACAUUGCUGCCUCAUCUUCUGGCGAUGAGGCGUUAGAGGGCGAUGCUUCUGCUAAGAUAACCGAGGAGGACCUGGACCUCCCCUUCAUCGAGUACCUCAAGAAGCAGCAGCUUUCACCCAAGAUGAGAGCGGUUGUGUUAUAUGCAAUUGCGAUGGCAGAUUAUGACCAAGAUGGCGCUGACUCUUGUGAGAAAUUGCUGACGACGAGAGAGGGAAUCCAGACCAUUGCUCUGUACUCUUCAUCCAUUGGGAGGUUUGCUAAUGCAGAAGGUGCUUUCAUUUAUCCUAUGUAUGGGCAUGGUGAGCUACCUCAAGCUUUCUGCCGAUGUGCUGCUGUUAAGGGUGCCCUAUAUGUGCUGCGGAUGCCAGUGGCUGCACUUCUUAUGGAUGAGGUUGAGGACAAGAAGCAUUUUGUAGGUGCCAGAUUGGCAUCAGGCCAGGAUAUUUUGUGCCAGCAGUUGAUACUUGACCCGUCAUACAAAAUUCCUACCUUGGAUAUGCCAUGUGAUGGUUCAGACUCAAACUUGCCAAGAAAAGUUGCAAGGGGAAUAUGCAUAAUUAGCAAGUCCGUGAAACAGGAUUCAUCAAAUGUUCUGGUUGUUUUCCCACCAAAAUCACUAGAAGAGCAGCAGGUUGCAGCUGUUCGGGUUCUUCAGUUGAGCAGCAAUCUAGCAGUAUGCCCUCCUGGAAUGUUUAUGGCAUAUCUGUCUUCUCCCUGUGCUGAUGCCUCUGCUGGAAAGCAAUGCAUAGAAAAAGCAAUACAUGUUCUUUUCAGCCAUCAGGCUUCAGAUGGUUCGGAAGGCCACCUGGAGACAACUAGCGAAAACAAUGAGGAUGUGAAGCCAACACUAAUUUGGAGCUGUGUAUAUGUUCAAGAGAUUACACAGGGAACAUCUAGUUCUUUAUUGUCGUGCCCCAUGCCUGAUGAAAAUCUGGACUACAGAAAUAUACUGGAAUCAACAAAAAAGUUAUUUGCAGAUAUUUGUCCUAAUGAAGAAUUCUUGCCUAGAAAGUCUGCUCCUGUAUAUGCUGAUGAUGACUCUGAUUCUGGGGAGUAAAACCAUCUAUCUAGAGUUAUGAUAGGAUUUGGCAUUUUGCUACAGAAGAUACAUGAAGACAUCGCCCUCCAUCUUACGGCGUACCUUGAAGUUGAGAGUACAAAGGAGCUUUGCUGAGCAGCUGUGCCCCUUUUGCAAUGUCCAGGUGGGUGCUGGCAGGAAUGCAGUUGUCCUUGGCGUUUGAUACUUGGAUACAUAUUUUCCACAUGCUCGGUGCAAAUGGGUUGCUUCUUCCGUAGUUGUAUGGAUUCUUGCAACACUUCUUGUACACAUGAUCAGAGUUCACAGGAUAACACGGAACACAUGCUGAGAGAAAGAAAAAGGAUAUUCAAAAUACAUUUUCUUUUUUCCCGAGGGGAGUUAAACUGCCGAGAAAGGUUCAUGAUGUGGUGUAUAGGAUGUACAUUCUCAGAUUGCCUUCC